UAUUACACACACACACAAAUUCACACAAACCAUGGGCAGUUUGGGAAGCAACAACAAUUAUGAAGAUGGUAUUAUUUCGAGUGACACCGUCGGAAAAGUUAUAACAUGCAAAGCGGCGGUGGCGUACGGGGCGGGGCAGCCGCUGGUGGUGGAGGAGAUUCGGGUUGAUCCGCCUCACAAAAUGGAGGUCCGAAUCCGAGUGCUUUUCACUUCGAUCUGCCACACCGAUCUCAGUGCUUGGAAAGGAGAGAGCGAAGCACAACGAGCCUUCCCUCGGAUUUUGGGCCACGAAGCUUCGGGAGUGGUGGAAAGCGUGGGAGAAGGUGUGAGCGGUUUAGAAAUAGGUGACCAUGUUAUUCCCAUUUUCAACGGAGAAUGCGAAAAAUGCGUCUACUGCAAAUCAAAGAAGACUACCAAUUUAUGCGAGAAAUUCAGAGUGAAUCCGAUGAAGAGCACGAUGGCAAGUGACGGAAAGUGCCGAUUUUCGACAAAAGACGGGAAGUCGAUCUUCCAUUUCCUCAACACUUCCACCUUCAGCGAGUAUACUGUGUUGGAUUCAGCAUGCGUCGUUAAGAUUGAUCGCAUGGCCCCCUUGGACAAAAUGACUCUCCUUAGUUGUGGAGUUUCAACGGGUCUUGGAGCAGUGUGGAAUACGGCUGACGUAGAGGAGGGGUCAACUGUGGUGGUCUUCGGUCUUGGAGCUGUCGGAUUGGCUGUGGUAGAGGGGGCAAGGACACGUGGCGCAUCUAGAAUUAUUGGAGUGGACAUCAAUUCAGAGAAACAGAUCAAAGGCAAAGCAAUUGGCCUUACAGAUUUCAUAAAUCCCAAGGAAUUGGACAAGCCAGUUCAUGAGAAAUUAAGGGAAAUGACGGAUGGAGGUGUGGAUUAUUGCUUCGAGUGUGCAGGAAACCUGGAAGUUCUUCGAGAAGCUUUCUUGUCCACUCAUGAUGGGUGGGGUUUGACAGUACUUUUAGGGGUACAUCCAUCACCAAGAUUGCUGCCUCUCCAUCCAAUGGAGAUGUUUGAUGGGAGAAGAUUAGUGGGAUCAGUGUUUGGUGACUUCAAAGGAAAAUCCCAACUGCCUCAUUUUGCCAACCAGUGCACCAAAGGGGAGGUGAAAUUGGAAGAAUUCAUCACUCAUGAAAUGCCAUUUUCCAAGAUCAAUGAUGCCAUGCAGUUGCUCCUUGAUGGCAAGUCAUUGAGAUGCCUUUUACACCUUUGAACGUUUUAAAUAUUAUUGGUGUGUUGUUAUGUAAGUAAUCAUUGUUGUCAUAAAUAAUACUCCAUAUAUCUAAACAUAUUUUGUGUAUUUAGUGGAACUACUCAUGAUAUAAUACCUGUUAGGUUGGAAUGACUACCACAUGAUUAUAUAUUGAUUUGAUAUAUAUGAGUA